GGACAUGCUUGACUUAUCUGCUUCUGAUUUGCGAAACACAGUGUCUCAACUGGAAAAGCGAUUAGACAGAAUUGAAGAUGAAGGAAAUGAGUGGAAGACUCGAUAUGAAACACAUAUUGAAUUGAAUUUACAACUAGAGAGACAAAUUAGAAUUUUAGAAGAGAAAAAGGAGUAUAUUCGUGGCAAUCCGACAGACAGAUUGUCUUCUAUACGUUCAUAUGAGGAGAUGCCAGUG